CGAUGUGUAAACUAAAAGAUUCCUUUCACUGGCGUCCAGCUCUGCGAGGAUCACUCCACUUAGGAAAUGGUUCACACUAUGAAUAUGGACUGAGCGUUCCCACCUUCCAGACGGGACAAGUGCCAUGCCGGUGAGCGUCCGCCGCAAUAACUACCGGAGUCCUUCCAGGCGUCCCCCAUCCCUGGUGAUCACCUAAUCCCAGACAGGAAGAGUGAUGGAGGAGUCCUCUCAGAAGAAAGAAAUGCUGACUGAAUUCCUGCAGUGCGCUGCGAUGGGGGAUAUGGAGGAAAUCCUCACCACUCUGAUGGGUCAUCCAGAUCUUAUAAAUGCUGAGAAUUCAGAGUCUGGGGACACGGCUCUCGUUGUGGCGGCUCGGGAAAACCAGCCAGAGGUGAUUGCCAUCCUUCUGGACCAUGGAGCGGAUGUCACACUGUGCAACUCCAACUGUCAGACAGCUCUGCACAUUGCCAAUGACGGAAUCCGGGCACAUUUGUUAUCUGCUGUUAAGAGAACCUCCUAUCCACAGCUGGCUCUGGCACAGGCAGCCUGGCAAGGAGACCUGGACACCAUUCAGGAAUUUUUGUCCGCAGAUUCUUGCCAGGAUGUGAACACUAUAAAUGAGCAAGGCCUGACCCCGCUGAUGUUGGUGGUGCGUGACGUGGACCUCUUUGAGGGACUGACCAUGGAGUGUAAAUACAAACCAGUGUCUGUAUUAGAAGAACUAUUAAGACAUCAUGGUGAUGCCCACCUGUUGGACUUAAAUGAGAAUUCUGCAAUGAGCUACGCAUCCCAAGUGAAGAGUCCCAUAAGGCAGCAGCUGAUGGACCUACUGGAGAAGUCACCUCCCCCACCAGAAACAUUAGACGAAGACUUCUGCGGCUUUUGUCCAGACACAAAGACUUCAUUAUUUGACAGAACAGCUUCUACUCCGGACAGACCUGACAGUCAGAACACACACUCCGGGAAGGAGCCACUCUGUGAUGGGAUUAUUGUGGAAGAUAUAAGUCAGGAGCCAGAAGCAGAAGUGCCAAUCUGUCCAGAAGCUGGCGAAGCAGGAGAUGCCCCUGUUUAUGAUCUAGAAAAUAAUACAAUGGAUGAAAGAAAGAAAAACUUUCUACCUGCACAAUGGCUCCCUGACUUCUCACCAGAGCACUUGACCUCAAGGCCAUCCAUUAGGAAGAACCCAUCAUUGCCACCGCUUUAUGUGAAGAAAGAAGAAAAGGACGUCCAACUGGAAAGGCUUGGGCUCGGUUACCUGUUGAAAGGGUCACAUUCAGACCCCAACAUCCCAGAAGCACCAUUAGAAGUUGACCCGCUUCGAAACCUCAGAUACAUAAAGGAUCACAUUAAGCAAAGAUUAAAUUUGAGUGAAUCCCCAGGAAAAAGUAAGACUUUUCCUCCAAUAUAUUAUUCCCCUCUAUCCCCUAAAUCCUACAAACUAAGACCUCUGCUAAAGACCAGUUCAAGCAACAGCCUAACAGAGAGAUCGAUUACCAUUCUUAACUCAGAGAAGUUUGAUAAAUCCAAAGACAACAGAUUAACAUGUAAACAUGGGAGUGUUGGGAAGCCAGUGGACGGACUAGAUAUGGUCUUAUCUAAAGAUCAAGUUCAGAUUAGCUUGGUCAGUGUUACCAGUUCUGAAAGUGUAAACCACACGAGUGAUCUGUCAAGAAGUGCUCACUCAGGCAUAAGACUUGCUUCUGGAAGAAGAGAAGACCAAGGCAGCUCAACGAACCAUAACAAUACUAGUCUACCUCAAAUUUUCAGCAGAUUACCUGAACUGCACGCGAAUGGCAAGACACCAAGGAGUAGCUGGAGAGAAAAGACGCAUUCUUCUUUUGAAAGUGAACCAUUAGCAGUACAAAAGAGCCAUAAAACUUUGGGAGAGCCAAACAAUGACAGUAAAGACAAUGAAUUAGUUACAAAUUGUGACCAAGACCUGCUAAAAGACCAGACAGGCAUACUACUGUGUAACAAGUCUAACAAAAACUCAAAAGAUAACAUCAAAAUGCCAUUAAAUGACAACAGGCUACCGUAUGUCAGCAAAGUCAUAGAGUCCAUCAAAAACAAUUCACCAAGGACACCCAGAGCAAGCUAUGUGCCUUUUGUACAAAUCACCUUCUCUGAACAGGAGGCUGAAACAGAAGUUCACUAUCCUCCAGUCAAACAGUCUCUUGUUAAAGGAAAGCCAAACUUGAGCAUUCUCACUCACGUCAGUAGAAGUUUUAACAUAAAUGCCCAAAAAGAAAACGACAAAAGUAAGAAAACUAAUAACAUAAGAAGCAACUCGGCAACUAACCUAAAAUUUUCAAGGCCUCUGUCCAACAGAAAUAGUGGCAAACGUGUGCCCUUGCCCACUUUGGCAUACUCUUCUGGGCCUUCACCCUCAAGACUGUCAAAGAAAGGCAGGCCCAAACAGGGCAGUGCAGAGCGAAACAGCCAACGUUCACAAACCCAGUUAUCCCUUUAUACAAAGAAAAGACCCAAAUCUCCUGUAAAUCCAGCCAUGGCUCUUCGAGCAAAGUCUGCGGACGAUUUCCAGGACAUACAUUACAGUGAUAUGUUUGUUGAGAUAAAAUCACAAAACAAUGGCCCAGGUAUUUUUCAAAUGUUUGAGAGUCCAGUUUAUAUCAAAUGUUCUAAAGACGAUAGAAAAGGCCGUAAGGAAGCCGGCUCUGCCUCAUCCACUAGGAGCUGUUCCUCUAAAGGUAUUCGAUCAGGGUCUUCACGAGAUAGCAGUGCAAGAUCUUCAAAAAGCACGAAACCUGGGAACAGGAAAAAAUCCUCUGCAACAAGCAGUCAACGUAAAAACUUGUUGACAAAAUCGGUGGCUGCAGAAGAUAUUUCUGAGAAAAAUCAGGACAAUCAGGUCAUUAUAUCUGGCAAAGAUUGGGAAAUCAAAACCAUUAAAGAUGAGAGAAAGGUUAUUGAAAUUAAUACAGAUAAACUAAAAAACCUAUCAGACCUCCCACAUCAAGAUUUUGCAGAUUUAUCCAUCAUUAAAGAAGCCACAAUAGAGAACUCACUCACUGGGAAUCAAGCAGCUCAAACCAUCUUCAUUAAAAUGUUCCAAGAAGUGGGAAAAGUUAAUCAUAUUCAAAAUUUGAAAAAGGAACAUGUUGAUCUUGUUACACCAGAAGAGAGAAAUGGAAUAGAAAAGGUUGGACCUCAGGCCAAAACCAAAAGCAGUGAAAAAGAUGAGGAACAAAGAGGACACAUAUCUGAAGCAGGAGAUGUUGGACUACCGCCUCAGAUCAGUGCUACAAGAAGACCAUCAGAAGGUCUUCAGCUUUCACUAGGCAAAGCCACCUUGAAAAAUCUCAACUCAAGAGAGAAAAAUGAGGAGGAAAUCUUGAUUGAAGACCGUGAAAGAGAAAGAUCACAUCAGUUGUACAGCACUUCUAUCUCAAUGAACAGCAAACACAACAGUGGAACCAGUGACAUGCUGAUUUCUUUCAAAAGGUAUUUGGAACAGAUUGAUGAACAGUCCAAAAGUUCAAAAACUAUGGAGAACCAAGACAAUGAUCAAAGUAUAAACAUUGACUGCAAGCAACAUGCUGAUAAAUCUGGAAGAAAAAUGGAUUCAAUACAGAGCAACAGAUGUACAAGCCCCACUGACAGGGAAACCAAUAACUCCAACCAGUCUGGAAACUACUUCAACACUAGCAACAAUGACAGCUCCAUUUACUGGAUAAAAGGAGAGGUGUUGGGCAGAGGAGCGUAUGGAACGGUGUAUAAAGGUCUUACAAGCCAAGGGGAGCUCAUUGCCGCCAAGCAGGUGACGCUACAUGCCUCAGACUCAGAAGUUGCAGAGAAGGAGUACAAAAAGCUACAGGAGGAGGUAGACCUAUUGAAGACUCUGAAACAUGACAAUAUAGUCGGCUACCUGGGUACCUGUCUGCAGGACAACAUAGUGACAAUAUUCAUGGAGUAUGUACCGGGGGGAUCCAUGGCCAACAUUUUACGGGAUUUUGGACCACUGCAAGAAGCUGUAAUAAGUAAAUUUACAAACCACAUUUUGCAAGGUAUUGCCUAUCUGCACAAAAACAGGGUGGUGCACAGAGAUAUCAAGGGUAACAACGUCAUGUUAAUGCCCAACGGGGUCAUCAAACUGAUAGACUUUGGCUGUGCUAAACGCCUGAAUGGACUGAGCAUGAAUAGCUCUCGGAGGGAAAUGUUGAAAUCAAUGCAUGGGACACCAUACUGGAUGGCACCAGAAGUAAUCAGCGAGUCUGGACACGGGGAGAAGUCGGACAUAUGGAGUAUUGGUUGCACAGUGUUUGAGAUGGCGACUGGAAAGCCUCCGCUGGCACACAUGAACAGGUUGGCAGCGAUGUUUUAUAUUGCUGGACAUAAAGGAUUCAUGCCAACUUUGCCUGACCACUUCUCAAAGAAAGCAAGAGACUUUGUAAACCUGUGCCUGAUAAGGGAACAGGAAGAGCGUCCCUCUGCAGAACAGCUCUUACAACACUCAUUUACAAGGGAGAAAACCCCCCCUCAAAAAUCCUUUCAGCCACCAGAAGACGCCUAGGAAGCCAGAAACAAGUACCAGAGCACCUUAUUGCAUUCAUGGCAAUGGCAUAUUGAAUGCGGUCCUAAAUCACACAUCUCACCCAACACAAAAUGAAGACCAAUUUGCCUGCGCUGUUCCAUUGCAUAACGGGAGCCUGUGACAUCACAGAAGACAAUAACCUUCUCUAAAGACAUAUCGGGAUCAUGGGUCUGUGUGAAAAAGAGGAACCUGUGGAAGAGCAGUUGUGGGAUGCAGAAAACCAACUUUAAUAAAGUAGCAUCUGAUAUUGUGUAGGAGAUGAUUUAAGGGAAAAAUAUUCCCUUUUCCUUUACUAUUCAUACUUUUGGUGCCAGUGGAAAAUGUUCUCAAAUUCCAGCCAAAUUUGUCUUUGAUAUUUAGUGGAGAAAGCUUAGAUAUGCUAAACUGUUGUGCUCCUAUUUCUGCGUCCCCUCAUUGGAGACAUUUCCUCAGUGAUCAUACAGGAGGUGGAAGCAUAAUCUCCUUAGUGGGACAAAGACGGACAGAGGUUCUCGCUCUACUAAACAGCUUUUAUAACCAUGUCGGCAUUGGGGAGAUUACUCUCACUUCUUCUCAUGUCGUCAUUCAGAAGCAAUGGAAAUCUUCCCAACAGAACGCACACAUGAAAACCCUACAUAGGUUCCAACAUCCUUCAGGGGCCAGUACCUGUAGCACCAGAUGGCAGAAACCAUCUUUAAACUCCUGGUUUGCUUCACUAGAUUCCAAGAGAGUCAAUUAUAUGUUCUGCUUCACUGCCCCAACACACAUUUUGGAAAGUAGAAUUACAGAUUGAACUAAAAGCAGAGUUCCAGGAUAAAAUCAAACUAGGUGUAAAACAAAAAACGAGCACCCCACCCCUCCACGUUUUUUGUCAUUUUUCCAGCAGGACUUCCAUCCUACCUGGCAGCGGCGAGGGACGUCAUCCCCGGAUUUGCAUUGACCCCUCCUAGUCCCCUCCCAGCUGCCUUCUGGGACCUAAGCGUGUCCCAGAAGGCAGGGACAUUCAGAAAGCACACCGCGACUCGCACAUGCGCAGUAGGAAACCAGCAGUGAAGCCUGAAGGCUUCACUGCAGGUUUCCUUUAGUUGCAAUGCCGUUACCUGCACCCAAGUCGGUCGAGGACGAACUGGCUUCAGGGGGCUGACUUUGCGGGAUCCCUGGACAGGCAAGUGUCUUUACAUCAAGAGUCAGCAGCUACAUUUGUAGUAGCUGACUUUUACAUUAUUUAGAGGCUGGAACUCUGCUUUAAGGCAGGUUUUUUUUAUCCUGUCAUGGAAUCCAUUUAAAGUGAAGCUGAAGACAGACACAUAGGAGCUGCCAUUAAUGGAUAAUGCUGGUAUCUUAUUUUCCUGUUAAGGGGGUAUAGAGGUAUUUCACUAGAAUGUCUGGAUACCUAGGGUGGCAGCUUCUCAAUGCCAAGGGACUUCCACUGUGUCAUUGGUUUGUAAUUUAGGGAAUGAGAUUGAAGUGUCACACCCAAACGAAAUCACCUAGAUACUGAUUUAUUCUGAGGCAAUUUCAGAAACUUUGUCACAAAACCAACACUCCCCCCCCCCCCUUUAUGAAGGCCCAAAUGCUGGACAAUGGUUACAAUGCAUCAUGAAUUUUGACCAAAUGGUUAAAAAAACAGUGCUUGAGGAGCUGCUGAUGGACUUUGAUUUUCAACAGUUUGGUCAAAACACCCGUUACAUUGUAACUGUUGUGCAGAAUCUCUUGCAAAUUCAUUACCAGUUUUUAGGCCCUGAGGAGUGUGAGUACCGAGUCCCCAAAAUGCACUGGCUCUGUGACAAAGUUUAUCUUGGCUUGUUCACACUAUUCACUUUAGGCUUAAAUCAAGUUAAAAACUGAAAAGUAAAUGAGUUGCGUUACGUCCAGCUCCUAAUGGGUGUCAUAUCUGAAGUUACACCACAAAGAAGAAAAAAAAGCAAGCAGACACUGAGUUUGUAAUAUAUUUAACAAUAAAAGCAGCUUCAACUUG